AUGAAGUCUCCAGCAAACGCUGACCAGCUGUUCGCCGACUGUUAUGAUUAUCACAACCAGGAUGUGGAUAACCAAGAAAGAGUUACAGUACCUGUGACAUCAGUGACCAUCACGCCCUCCACCACUGUGACUGUAGAUGUAGGUACCACCACCAUACUGACCUGUACCACACAGCCACACAGUCGUCCCAAGGCCAAUGUCACGUGGUACCGAGUGGUCAGUGGUCAGCAACAGCAGAUCACCGUUAACAUCAGUGUGUCACAUGACAAUCAGAACUCCGACCAGACAACCACCAGUGCUCUGUCUUAUGUACCGUCCAAGGAGGACAACGGACGGACGGUGUACUGUCUAUCAGAUGGAGGAUGGACAGGAAGUACUGCUACAACUCUACGGUCGGGAGAUGUAGCUCUCAAUAUCAGAUAUCCCCCGACUAACCCAGCCAUAGUGACCGGUAAUAGUGAUCCUGUGUAUGAUGGUGAGGACAUUGAACUCCGAUGUAGUAUAAGGGGAGGUAACCCACUAGCCAGUCUGACAUGGACAUGUCCAGAUCGUAGCGUUACCUCUACACCAGCAAACACAGCAGACACAGCAAACUCAGUACUUGGGAUACGUCUGACACCUUUAUAUAACGAGGCCAACUGUACAUGUGUAGCUACUCAUCCUGUACAGGGCUUCAGGACAUCUCCCACCGAGGUAUUCAACGUCUACUAUGCCCCUCGUAUCCAUGCCCUGACGGUGACUGACACGUUCCCCUGGCUGGCCAGAGAUACUUAUGUAGGCCGUCUGAGCUGUGACACUACAGCCGGUAACCCGCCUACCACACGGUACACGUGGUACAGGGACGGUACACCGGUCAGUUCCCAGACAUCACAGACGCUCCCCUUUGACCCACCUGCCAGCAGUGAUGGCGGACGGUUGUACAGGUGUAGGGCUGAAAACGACUUCACCGACGCCAAAGGAUCGGCUCCGGAGUUGGACAUAACAUUAGAUGUACAAUAUGAUCCCAUUAUAACUCUCUCGGCCUGUCCAGAAACAGUUAACGAGACAGACAAUUAUCGGUGUACCUGUACAGCUGUAGGUAACCCCAACCCUACUGUUACCUGGUAUCCUCGGGAUUCCUCGACCAACAACAUUCUGGACUUACCAUAUAUCAACAGAAACAAGGUCGGGCGGUACACAUGUAAUGCCACGUCAUCAUCUCAGAAGUUUGGGUCGCUAUAUACCCAGUCCGACCUCAACCUUGUGGUACAUUAUGCCCCGGAUGUAGAGUUGUUAGUGCAGGACGCCACGGAACACGAUACACAUUUAGUGAUGACAUGUAACGCGUCAGGUGUUCCAAACGUUUACACUUACGGUGUUUGGAAACAUAUGUACGGUACAACUCUCGUCAGGACCCUCACUGGUGACGUCACGACUGACGGCAGGACCCUCACACUGGCCAGCGUUUCAUAUCAGGACAGUGGAACUUACGCCUGUCAAGUACAUAACUCCAUCAGGGGGAGGGACGGUCAGCUGAUACAGACAGGAUUGGCUGUCUUUGAUGUCAGAGGAAGCCCAAAACUACUUGAGGGUGGAUCGAUUGAUAUUGCGAACAAGGGCAAACCUUUUCGUAAGUCACUGAUAUUCAUCAGCAACCCUCCUCCAACAGACAUGUACAUCAGCAAGGAAGAGCGUCUCUCAUCCACACAGAAUCUUACGAUCAUAUUUACAACAGAAGGGGUGUCUGACAUUUUCUACGGCAAGAUUCUAUCUCGUCCCGGAUACAAAGUAAAUCUGUAUUUCCCGACAUUCCAAUUCCAUCAGAUGGGAAACUAUAGCCUAACUGUCAUCAACCCGAUAUACCCACAUUUUGUAUUUCACUUUAUUAUCUUAAUUAUAGAUGUCCCAGAUACACCGACUGACCUGGUCGUUGACCAGAUAACAACGAGUUCUGCCGUAGUGUCAUGGAAACCGGGUAAUAAUCGAGGCCGAGAGGACCAGCAGAUCCAUGUUUGGUUACUACAGCAGUCGUCAACCACGUGGGCCAUUAUAGAUGUCACUGAAGAAACUCCAAGCGUACAACUCACAAACCUGAUUCCUGCUACGACCUACACAGUUCUACUAUUCGCAACAAAUGAAAAGGGCAGUAGUGAAAAUUCAACAAUGCAAUUCACCACUUCUCAACAAGUUUGUGAUGACGCCUGUCCAUUUUAUAGACAAAUGUUCGUUACCUCCAUUGUUCUUACCUGUGUCUCCGUUUUCAUACUGCUCAUCAACCUAGGGAUUGGUGUGUUUAUGACAAGAUUUGGACAUCUUCCAUUUAUGAAACGACGGAUAAACAGCACCAAUACGUCCCCCAAACCGUUCACCAGCAUCGAGGAUUCGGAACACGCAAUGGCAGGAAUAACAUCCGAUCAGGAACGAAGUCUGUAUACUAAAUUGGAUGCAACAGACUUGGCAGCACAAAACGUGUACGACCCAGCGAGACCUGCACACGAUAUUGUCUUGGAUGAAAGAGCAGAAAGAAGCAAUUAUGAAACACUUGGAGGAGUAUCGGGCCCAAAUGUAUACGAGGAACUCAAGGAAAGGAGAGGUGUAACUGGAUUAUCCGUGGUGGUCAGUCCCUCUCCCACAGCCGAGGUCGUGUCCGGUCAGACCCUCAGUAUCACGUGUCAGUGGUCAGCUGACUACACAGGACCAAAUGCUGCUGUUAACUACAGACUGAAUGAUGGUGGAGGUAGAAUAGGCGCAGUGUUUAUAAACUUUGGGACAUCAUGUCCAUCAACACCACCCUACACACUAACCUGUAACAAAGACACGAGGACACUGGGGAUACAGAUUCCCGUCAACAGUUACAGUCACGGGGACAGGUGGACGUGUGAGGGGAGAAAUAACAUCUUCGACAAUACAGCACCAACACAAACAGACACGACCACAGUGGACGUUAGAGUUGGUCCUGGUACUGUUACCCUGUCACCACCGGACACUACCUACACCAGGACUGAGGGGGACACGUUACCGGACAUCACCUGUACAGCUGACUGUAGACCAGGCUGUUCCUUUGUCUGGACAAAACCUGACAACACCAACUUCACUGUCUCAGCUGUGUUGUCACUGGGACAACUGGACAAGUCAGAACACGGGACGUACAGAUGUACUGCUAGGAAUGUUGUCGGGGAGUCAACUACAACUGUAACUGUGUCUGUGAUGUACGGUCCUUCCAGUGUGGGGUUGUCACCACCAACUACAUCCUACACUCCUAUAGAGGGACAGACUCUCCCUACCGUCACGUGUUCGUCUGACUGUAAUCCAGUCUGUACCUACAGCUGGACAAAGGAUGGACAGCCCCACACAACAGGGUCAGAUCUCCAGCUCACCAACAUAACACCUGGUCAGACGGGCUUGUACAGGUGUACGGCCAGUAACGCAUACGGGAGUCGGACAUCUAGUGACGUCACUGUUACAGUAAAUUAUGGUCCUUCAACUGUGCGUUUGACCCCGUCAACUACAUCAUACUCUCCUAUAGAGGGACAGACUAUCCCCACCAUCACGUGUUCGUCUGACUGUAACCCAGUCUGUACCUACAGUUGGACAAAGGAUGGACAGUCCCACACAGCAGGGUCAGGUCUCCAGCUCACCAACAUACAACGUGGUCAGACGGGAGUGUACAGGUGUACGGUCAGUAACACAUACGGGAGUCGGACAUCUAGUGACGUCAGUGUUACUGUAAAGUACGGUCCUGGAAUGUCUACUUCCAUUUCACCACCGGACACAACCUACACCAAGACUGAGGGGGACAUGUUACCGGACAUCACCUGUACAGCUGACUGUAGACCUGGAUGUACCUUUGUCUGGACAAAACCUGACAACACCAACUUCAGUGUCUCAGCUGUGUUGUCACUGGGACAACUGGACAGGUCACAACAUGGGACAUACAGAUGUACGGCUAGAAAUAUUGCCGGGGAGUCAACUACAAGUGUUAUUGUUACAGUACAGUUUCCUCCUGAAAUAGACAGCCUUGAGUACAACCAAGGUGACGCUGAUGUGACUGAAGACGGAUCUAAGACUCUCAUUUGUAAGGUGGAGAGUGUACCAUCGCCUACAAUAGCAUGGUACUACAAAAACAAUCACACAAAACUGUUUACCGCCACAGAUGUACUGGAGAGUAACUACACCCUGACUACAGCUGGCUGUCUGGACACAGGGCUGUACACCUGUUCUGCCAGGAAUAGUGUAUCUAACACAGCGGUUACCAAGGACAUAUGGAUCAACGUUUUGUGUUCGCCGCGCCUUGAUCCGAGAGUGUUCACAGACCGAAAGAUGGGGUUGGCUACUCAUGAUAAUCUAACUAUGAAUGCCAUGUUUCUGUCAAAUCCGGAACCUUCAUCAUUCACGUGGACUUUCCAGAACUCUUCACAUACUUCUUUUACUGAGCUAAACGACGGGACAGACAACUUUGUUAUACAUAAUACACAUUUUUCAUCGAACCUCUCAGCUUUGUCAGUGGGGACACGUACGAACAUACAAGAGGCCUGGUUUGGAUUAUAUAAUGUAACGGCAACAAAUAGUAAGGGCAACGGGACACUCACUUUCACAGUUGCUGAUAAAGUCGAAUUUCCUUGA